GAAUGGCAUCUCGUCAAUUCGCAGCAGAAACUUCAGUAAGAAGAGAAGAUAUGAACAAUAUCAUUUGGAUUUGGGACAAUCGGAUUUCAUGCUUUCUGCUUGCUCUUUAUGCGGACUGAUGUAUGCUCGUGGAGUAGAAGAGGACGAGCAGGUUCACCGUAAGUUCCAUCAGGACUAUGAGAGGGGAAUUCGGUUCAAGGGCUGGCAUAACGAGAGAGUUGUAGAUGGUCCUUGGAUUAAUGGGGAUCGCAUUUUACUCAUCUUGGAUACUGAUUCGUCCGCUCAAAAACGCUUGGUUCAAAAGGUGGUUAAGGCGACAAAGAAGGAACUUGGGUUUGUUGAUGAUAAUAUCCUCCAUGCGCUUUGUAAGGUUUAUCUCUUUAUUUCUGCUCAUAGAGUUGUUGGAUGGCUUGUUGCUGAACCCAUACGAACAGCCCGUAGAGUUAUCCCAACCUCUUUCUUUGGCAGUAAAAGCACAGAAAUCUCUACUACUGACAAGAUGGACCUUACAGAUUCAAAUAAAUCAAAAGAAAUCACUCUUCAGUUCGGAGAUUUCAGAUUUCGCAGAGAGCCUGUAAAGAAUUCUUGCCCCACAGCCAUCAUCAAAUUGAACAAAUGGGACAGUGGUGCUAUAAUCUGUGAGGAGAAUGCUGUGACGGCCAAGUGUGGCAUUAUGGCCAUUUGGGUGGUGCCAUCCAGUAGAAGGAAGAGAAUUGCCACUCAGUUAUUGGAUGCUGUUAGGAAGAGUUUCUGCGUAGGAGAAGUUUUGGAGAUCUCAGAGUGUGCAUUCUCUCCACCUACCUCAGCAGGGUUGGCUUUUGCUUCCAGUUAUACAAACAGCAGAUCAUUCCUUGUUUACAGAGCAGAUGAUGUUUGAAUUUCAGAAAAAAUCGGUAAUUUUUUAUUAAUAACACAUUUACCAUAGUUUAUUUCCUGAAUUCACCAUGAAUUGGUAUUCCAUAGCUUUGGUCAACAUACUGUUGGGGCAUUCCUUGUUUUUAAUUAUGUAUAGAGAUGUUGUGAUAUUGUUCAACUCUUUGUUGGUCUUACA